GUUGGGCAUGAGCCACUACCUCCAACCAUUGGAAGAAACGUGCUGGGAAGGAAAGUCCUGUACCUGCCUGGCUUCUUCACCUACGCCAGACACAUUAUGGAAGUGGAUGGGAAAAGAGGCCUCUUCCGUGGUCUUACUCCUCGCCUCAUCUCAAGCACUUUAUCAACCAUCACCAGGGGGAGCGUGAAGAAGGCCUUUCCACUGGAAGACAUGGAGCAUGUUUCUAACAAGGAUGAUGUGAAGACCUCCCUUAGGAAAGUAGUGAAGGAGACAUCUCACGAGAUGAUGAUGCAGUGUAUGUCCCGGGUUGUCUCCCAUCCGCUGCAUGUGAUCUCCAUGCGCUGCAUGGUCCAGUUCAUCGGCCGGGAAGUCAAAUACAGCGGUGUGUUCAGCGCCAUUGGCAGGAUAUUUAAGGAAGAAGGGAUCCUGGGAUUCUUUGUUGGUUUAGUCCCUCACAUCCUGGGGGAUGUCAUCUUCCUCUGGUGCUGCAACCUCUUGGCUCACUUCAUCAACACCUACGCAGUGGAUGAUAACUUCAGCCAGGCAUCGGUGAUCCGGAGCUACACAAAAUUUGUGAUGGGGAUCGCUGUGAGCAUGCUGACAUACCCAUUCCUCCUCGUGGGAGACCUCAUGGCAGUGAACAACUGUGGGUUACGCGCCGGCCUCCCUCCCUACGCUCCCGCCUUUGCAUCCUGGAUCCAUUGCUGGAGGUAUCUCAGCGCUCAGGGGCAGCUGUUCCGUGGCUCCAGCCUGCUCUUCCGCAGAGCGCCCAUGCCAGCCGCCUGCUUCCCCAUCGACUGA